AAAGUUGCGCUUCGUACGUAGACGCCGCAUCGAUUAUGAACGAAAUUUUGGUUUUGGAUACGGCCGCGCCAUCAACGACAACUUCACCAUGCACGCCUACGCUGCAGCAAUUUGCUGUCGAGUUGCACACUGACCUGGGUCCAAACGAACGCGUCGGCUUGACAGGUGAUGUGAAAGCUUUGGGUGAAUGGCGUUUGGAGCGUGCUAUUGCAUUGCAGCCACAACAGGGCGGCCGCAAGUGGGAGGCCAAUGUGUUACUGCAGACUUGCCGCAACAUCAGCUACCGCUACUUUAUCUACACUGAGGACAAGCAAGGACGCAAGCAGAUACGCCGCUGGGAGACACGCCUGCAGCCGCGUGUACUCAAGCCUACUGGCGAGUUGGCUGCGGCCGAGACGCGCGUCGAUCGCUUUGGUGAUGCUGAUGGCAGCGGCGAGACGCAAGUGAAUCGCGGCUGGUUGACCAAUGAGUGCAUAGUGCAGCUGAAGUUCGAACGCGAGCAAAUGUUCCAGGUGCUUGAUAUUGAGAAAUUCGAUCCAGCCGAUGAGGUGUAUGUGAAGAUUUUGCCCCUAAAUGAAGAGAGCGAGCCAACUGAGGCGGGCGUGCAUGUAGAGGUGGCCAAGUUGAAGUAUGGUGAGAGUCACUUGCAGGCACAGCAGGCUUUCGGUAUUGCAUAUGAGCGCGGCGACGUUGUUGUAUUCCACAUCACAGCACCUUGUCCAUUGCAGACCGCCUUUGCGUUGCUUUUCCACACACCCGAUCAGCGAGCAGUCGGCAAGGCGGUCAUUACAGCCGAGCAGCUCGCUGGUAGCGAGGGUGUUCUGGAGUUGUCUAUUACCGAGCCGGUACCCGAAGCCACCACCAUCAUAUCGCGUCUAACGCUACCGUACCUGAUCGUCAAGCCAUUUGCCGACAAGACACUUGACUUCCGCACCACAUAUGCGCAUUACUGGCCCAAGAGCUGGCCCAAUCUGAAUGUUGGCCACCGUGGCAAUGGACGCAGCUACAUUGCAGAUCCGCCCGCCGAACGUGAGAACACAAUCGCUUCCUUCAUGCGCGCCUACGAAAAAUUCGCUGACAUGAUCGAGUUGGAUGUGCACUUGACAGCCGAUGGCGUGCCGGUGAUCUAUCAUGACUUUGGUAUGCGCACAGCGCGGAAGGGCAAGGAAAUCACCAAGCCAGAACAACUGGAGUAUGUGCUGAUCAAGGAUGUGGAUUACGAUAAGUUGAAGCAAUUGCGCGUGUUCGCCAUCAUCAAUGGCAAGCCAGUCGAGUUUCCGUCGCACAACGCCGAGCCACGUGUGGAGCAUCGCAUCUUCCCUACGCUAGUCGAUGUACUUGAGGGACUGCCCAAGUCCCUGGGCAUCGACGUGGAGAUCAAGUGGCCACAGCGCCGUGCUACCGGCGCGCCUGAAGCGCACCAGACAAUCGAUAAGAAUUUCUUCACCGAUCGCGUACUGGCGACCGUCAUCAAUCAUGGCUGCGGCCGUCCGUUACUGUUCUCCAGCUUCGAUGCGGACAUAUGCACCAUGCUGCGCUUCAAGCAAAACCUUUUCCCUGUGAUGUUCUUGACCCAAGGUCAGACGAAGAAAUGGUCACCGUUUAUGGAUUUGCGCACGCGUACUGUCGAACAGGCUAUCAAUAAUGCGCAAGCCUUCGAAUUGGCAGGCACAGCGCCACACGCUGAGGAUUUGCUGAGCGAAGAGGGCGCCGAGUUGCUGCGAAAAGCGCGCAAGCUGGGCCAAAUUUCGCUGGUCUGGGGCGAUGACUGCAAUUCGAAGGAGCGGGUGAAGUACUUCGUGAACAUUGGUGCGACUGCGACUUGCUACGAUCGCACAGAUUUAUACAUACCCGAAGACAAGGAGCGCGCGUUCUUCAAUUCGACUAGUCUAUUGGCACAAUUCGAGGACCAGUGUUUGCGUUAAGUGGGAGCAGUGUUAGAGAUAAUUGAAGGAGGGGGAGCGAAACUCCGCACACAAGGAGGGUAGUUAUUAAGUGACAAUGUUUGAUCGGCCUGUCGAUCGGCGAAAAGUGGGCGGGUCAUUUGCCAUAAAACGAUAUGUGCGGGAUAUACAAAGUAGAGGCAAUAUAUAGAAAUAAAUAUAAAGUAGAAAUAUAUAUAUUUUUUUAUAAAAAAUAUUCACAAGUAAAAUACUAACUAGAGCAAUAUUCAAAAAACUCCUAAAUUUAGAAAAGCAAAACACUUAGAGACAAAAAAAAUAUUAAUUAAUACACACACCAGCAAAUUUUGACAUAUACUAUUAUGUAAAUUUAUAAAACAACAACUACAUAUGUGUGUUCAAACUAAAAACAAAACUUAAGAAAAAAUAUGCUUUA